UCCUCCUCCAAACCUGUCCGCAGUACGGUCCGUUCGUUCAGCGCAGCUUGGAACCGUCCACAGCAACAUGCAGGAUGGCGAGCGUGGAGACAGCAGCCGAACACGAACGCAUCCUGCGGGAAAUCGAGAGCACGGACACCAACUGCAUCGGGCCGACACUCCGGUCGGUGUACGACGGUCAGGAACAUGGCCUCUUCAUGGAGAAGCUCGACGCUCGGAUCAGGAACCACGACAGAGAGAUUGAGAAGAUGUGCAACCAUCACUUCCAGGGUUUCGUCGACUCCAUUACUGAGCUGCUCAAAGUCCGAGGAGAGGCCCAGAAGCUGAAGAGUCAGGUGAUUGAAACCAACGUACGACUUCAGGAAGAUGGGAAAGUGCUCAUCGGUUCGAUGGAGGAGCUGAAACAGUGCCGAGUGCAGCAGAGGAACAUCGCCACCACCAUAGACAAGCUGGCUCUCUGCCUGCCAGUUCUGGAGAUGUACAGCCGACUGCAGGAGCAAAUGAGAGCCAAAAGGUACUAUCCUGCGUUACGGACUUUAGAGCAGCUGGAACACACGUGUCUUCCCAGAGCCGGCCAGUACCGGUUCUGCUCCAUCAUGGCUGAGAACAUCCCCAAGCUGAGGACGCUCAUCCAGGACACGGCCAUGACGCAGCUGCGAGACUUCCUGGAGAGCAUCCGCAAACACUCGGACAAGAUCGGAGAGACGGCCAUCAAACAGGCUCAGCUGCAGCGCUCGCUGGACAGCUCCGUCACCCUCCAGCCCAGAGCUCUGAUUGGCCGGCGCGGCAGGAAGGAGGCGGCGGCGGUAACGGAGAGCAGCGGAGAGGGAGGCAGUCCCCUGUCUGAACAGGACUCUGGCAUUCUGGACGUGGAGGAUGAAGAGGAGGAAGAUGUCCCAGGAGCUCAGGACCUGGUGGAUUUCUCCCCAGUGUACCGCUGCCUCCAUAUCUACACUGUGCUGGGUUUGCGUGAUGUGUUUGAGAACUACUACAGAAAGCAGAGGAGGAAACAGGCUCGCCUCGUACUGCAGCCGCACUCUAACAUGCAUGAAACCCUGGAGGGAUACAGGAGGUACUUCAAUCAGAUUGUUGGCUUCUUUGUCGUGGAGGACCACAUCCUUCACACCACCCAGGGGUUGGUCAACAGAGCCUACGUGGAGGAGCUUUGGGAGUUGGCUUUGUCUAAAAUUGUCGCUGCCUUGAGGACGCACUCUUCGUACUGUGACGACCCAGACCUGGUUCUGGACCUGAAGAACCUCAUCGUCCUGUUUGCUGACACUCUGCAGGGUUAUGGUUUCCCCGUGUCCCAGCUGUUUGACAUGCUACUGGAAAUGAGGGAGCAGUAUGGAGAAAUCCUGCUGAAGAGAUGGAACAUCACCUUCAGGCAGAUUCUGGACCAGGACAACUUCAGUCCAAUCCCGGUUUCUACAGAGCAAGAAUACAGACAAUACACUUCUCAAUUUCCCCUCCAAGAUCCGGAACUGGAAAAGCUUUCCUUCCCCAAGAAGCUUCCUUUCUCUGAGUUUGUGCCAAAAGCCUACUGCCAGCUGAAAGAGUUCAUCUAUGCUUGCCUGAAAUACUCUGAGGAUCUUCAUCUCAGUUCCACCGAGAUUGACGACAUGAUCCGCAAGUCGACGAAUCUGCUGUUGACCAGAACCCUCAGUAACUGCCUUCAAUACGCCAUCAAGAAGAAGAAUGUGGGCCUGGCAGAGUUGGUGCAGGUGAUCAUCAACACCACCCACCUGGAGCAGAGUUGCCACUUCCUGGAGGAGUUCAUAACCAACAUAACAAACGUCCCGCCUGAAACGGCGAACGCCACCAAGCUGUACGGGACCGCAACGUUUAAGGACGCCCGCCAUGCAGCUGAGGCGGAAAUCUACACCAGCCUGAAUGCCAAGAUCGACCAGUUUCUGCAGCUGGCGGAUUACGACUGGAUGUCUGCGGCGCAGAGCAGCGGCGGUCUGACGACCAGCGACUACCUGGUCGACCUCAUCACGUUUCUGAGGAGCACGUUCAGCGUCUUCACCAACCUGCCGGGUAAAGUCGCCCAGACGGCCUGCAUGUCGGCCUGCAAGCACAUCUCCACCUCCCUGAUGCAGCUGCUGCUCGACCCAGAGGUCCGGCAGAUCUCCAUCGGUGCUCUGCACCAGCUCAACGUCGACCUCAAGGAGUGUGAGAGUUUUGCCAGAGCCGGCCCGGUCGCAGGCUUCCAGGGUGACACGUUGCUUCUGGCCUUCAGUGACUUGAGACAAUUACUGGACCUUUUCACCCAGUGGGACUGGUCCACUUACCUGGCCGACUAUGGGAAAUCCACCUGCAAAUACCUGAGAGUCAACCCACACACUGCGCUGGCCCUGCUGGAGAAGAUGAAGGAGACGAGCAGGAAGAAUGUCGUCCUCGCCCAGUUCAAGAAGGCAGACAGAGACCGACAGAAGCUCAUCGACGCCGUCAUCAAGCAGCUACGCAACCUCAUCGCGCAGCAUCACGCCUAAACGGAGCCUUCUGAUUGGUCAGGAGCGCCUUCCUUCAGCCAAAAAUCAGAACUAGCACCGUGUUUUGGUUUUCGUUUCCAUCCAAUCUCCUGCUCUUUAGUUGCUAACCAAGCUUCCGUCAGUUAGCAAAUCCUCAUAGAAGCUACAGAGCCUUUAUUUUGGUCGAGAAGCAGCAGAUUUAUGAGCCGAGUCUAAAGGUGCUGCUCCUGAACUUCAUCCAUGCUGUCAGGUUUGACUUAUUCCUCUAUAUGGUGCCAGAAGUACGGAAGUCCUGAAAGGCCAAAUGAGAAAGUAAAACAUUUUCAAAGUCUGACCAAAUUUUUGACUUCUCUCAACUUCGGAAGUCAAGAGAAAAGUAAAACAAAGAUUUUUUUUUUCAUCAUGGAUUUUUUUUUUUGUGAAAUUGGAGUAUAAGUUGUUGUUUUUUUAAUUGACAAAAUUUCAUUCUAGAUGGUUGGUUGCACUUUCACAACUUUUAAGGUCAAUAAAAAACAAAGAUUUGGUCAAACUUUUUAAAAAACAAUUCUCAUUUGGCCUUUCAGGACUUCCAUAUGAGCUCGCUGAGAUGUAAAACGUUUCCAUGGAAACAGUUUAUAAGGAAUCCAUGAACGCCAAAUUUAGCCUGAGACUCUUCCAUUUUUCCCAACCAAACAGGUUGGUUUAAGAAGCGACUUUUAUCGUCUUCCACUUCGCUCGUCUUCGUUUCUUGUAGCACAACGAUGAAGCACGCUGAAUGUAUGUCUGAGAGAUUAUUCUGCAGUUUGUGAUGUCAUGUUAGGUUGCUGAAAACUUAGAAAAGCACUGAAAUAAAGUCUAAAAAAAACUAAGUAAAUACAGAAUGUUACUGCAAUAUUUUCUUAAAGGGAUACAGUCAUAUUAAAAAGAUAGACACCCACUGGUUGUUGGAUCAAAAUGUACAAAUAGUCUAACAUUCAAAUACAAACAUCAGUUUAAAAAACACACAAAUGGAACCAAAAUGGAAACGUUUUGUGAAACUAAGUACACCUUUGGGUGUGUUUUCUUUUUAACAUGACUGUAGUUUGGAUUCUGCAAAGUGGGGUUGAAUGAAAAGCCUAGAAACAUUAGUUUAGAGAAAAAAAAUCUAAAUUUAAGGAAUAUUUGGGUACUGUGGACUAAGUAUGAGCAGUCACUAUCUUACCAGGCUUCAGUCUCAGUUAUCGUUGUUUGGAAAACAGUUUCUAGCUUAUGGAAUAUUAGCAAAUGUGUGGAUCCUGUGGAGCAGUUAUAAGCAGUCAACAUCUCAUCUUGACUGAAGAACAAUCCUAUUUUGGAGAUAUUGGCGAUUUAUUCAAAAGCGGGGUUCUGUGGAGCAGUCACGAGCUGUCAGUAUCAUACCAAAGUAGAAUUCGACCAUUUUAAAAUAAAAAUUAAAAAUCUUUACACUGUUGUCACUUUAGCAUUAACAGGUCAAUUACAUAUCAACUAAAGGUAAAAAUAAAAUAAAAAAAGCUAAAAUUGAAGAUUGGCUCAUUAUCUUGUUAGGUUUUCAGUAUAAAUACUGGAGUUGGUUUAUGGAUAUGGGAAACCAAAUUUAUGGAGCUAAAAAAAUAAUUUUAGUUAUAAAAAUCUUUGUAACUAAAAAUGACAUAAAGCUGAAAAAAGUUCAAAACUAUUAUUCAGAUUCAGUUUUAAAAAAUGUCAAUUGCAAAAGUUUUUUGAUUUUUUUUUUAGAACAACAGGAAGGAAGCAUAGAUUUGGGAAACCAUCUGCAAAACUACGGAACACAAUUAGAGCCAAAAAAUUUCUUCUUCCUUUUUUUUGCGGGGAGGACUGAAAAAAUUUUAUCUCAAGCUGAAAAAAUGUUCAAAACUACUUUUAGAUAACUUACCUUUUACAGAACAGCAGUGAAACAACAAAAUAUAAAUGUUUUGCUCUCUAUGAAGGAAUACUUUCUCUGUAAACACAGAUGUUUCUGUUUAUUGCUGCUAAAUUUGGUGGAUUUUGUAGAGUUUGGUUGCUUUGACUGAUGAUAUUUAUUUAAAAAAAAGGCUCUCAAACAACCCCACUUAACAGAAAACCGUCUAACAUACAACCUGCAAAUACUUGAACCGGUGCCAGAACUUUACACCUCCACACAGAGAGUGAGAGAUGUAAAACUAAAGAAAAUGGGGGAUGUUGUCCAAACAUGGCAACUUUUUUCCUCCCAAUCCUUUCAGUGAAACUUGAUCAGAACAGAAGGGGGUUUGUUUAUAAAUGAUUAUAAAUGACUGGGUCUUAUUAAUGCUCCAAUCUGGCAACCGCUUUACAUUGUUUGUGUAGAACCAUUAAACUAAUGCCAAGCACACUCAGUCCUGUCUUCCAUAACGCCAAAAUCACUAAUUAAAGCACAACAUCUACUUAGUUUCACACUAGAUUGUUUCUCAAACUAAUAAGAAUCUUUUUUUUCUUUGUUUCAAUUUUGUUGUUGUUGUUGAACUUGGGUGCAAUAUUAUUGGAAAAUGCAGCAGCGCGUUUAAUGAAUUAACGAACAGUGUGUGCUUUUUAAAGGGAUUCAGACCUAAAUGUAAGUUUUUCUGUUUCAUGAAGAACAUUUUGUUCUGCUUUCUGUCUGAUUUUGCUGAGCGGCGGCUCAUUUUGUGGAUUUCUACGAGAGGUUUAGUUAUAUUUUGUCUUCUUUUUGGGGUUUGUUUUUUUACUUUUCCAAAAGGGAACGGGGUGUUGAAUGUGCCUUUGCUGUACGUUGUUGUUCAGUCAAUGAAGCAGCAAUACUGCAUGUUUGGACAGUUUACUGAUGUUUUACAUUUAAAAAAACAUUUUCCCACAUGUAAAGCUUAUAACUGGUUUCACUUGUUUCUGACUAACAGCAUUAGUGCAUCUUGGAGGGUUUUUGGAUAUUUUUUGCGUUAAAAAAUAAUAUUUGGUCCUUUUUCUAUUGGUUUUUCCAGUCUUCUGUCUGCAGAUGUUGUUACUUUGUUUGUUUGUGCGGAGCAAAAACUGUUGACAUUAAAAACACUGUACACUC